UUGAAAUGUAACAGGGUGAUAACCAGAUGGAUAUUGCAGUCCUUCAGUUGCAGGACUGAGUGCAGGAAUACAUUGACCAUAUUUUCAAUUCAAUAUGGAUUUUCCAGUACCAAUCGGUUUACAUUUAAUAAAAUCAAGUCAUCCCAUUUGGCUGCCUUAUCAUCACCAUCAUGAACACCAUCAUCAUCAGAGUAUCUAUGGUGAACUUACGUCUUCACCAUCAGUAUCAGGGAUCUUUGUAUCUAUGAUCCUUUUUGUGGGUCUUUUUGAUGCUAGCGAAGGAACUUAUGGGUAUGGGAACUGCAAUUAUGAUACCGAUGUUCAGCCUGGAAAUUAUUAUCCUUUUGCCACUCCAAAUUAUCCAUAUGGAAGAUAUCCUGGAGGCUACAAAUGUCGAUGGAGUUUUCACAGUCAAUAUCCAAUUGGAAUGAACUGUACAAUUGAUAUUCCUCAGAGUUAUAGGUGCCUUGGUGAUGUUCUCAAAGUAACAACUGACGAUUUGGGACCUCAACCAUAUUGUGGUUUCGGAGGAAUAAAUGUUGUAUCAAGUGAUAAUAAUUGGAUUAAUGUUACGAUGGAUUCUGUGCAAUAUUCUAAUGGUGGAAGUUUUAUGUGCUCAGUAUAUACGAUCGAGGAAGAGUGUCAAUGUGGUUGGCGUAAUCAAGGAAGAAUUGUUGGUGGUAAUGAAACUGGAUUAAAUGAAUAUCCAAUGAUGGCUGGUUUGGCUCAAAGAUCACCAGGAUCACAUAGUAGAGAUGAAAUUGAUUGUGGUGCAACAAUUAUUAAUAAUUAUCAAGUCAUAACUGCUGCACAUUGUAUAAGUGGACAAGACAUUUCCUAUUACGCUGUUGUUAUUGGUCUUCAUGACACAAAAAAUCCUACAUUGACAGGUGAAACGAAAUUAUUUACAAUUAAAAAUUAUAUUGUUCAUCCAAAAUAUAAUGAAAAUACAUAUUCAAAUGAUAUUGCAAUCAUUACAAUUAAUGGUUUGAUUACAUUUAAUCAACAUGUUGGACCAGCAUGUUUACCUUUUCAACAUAACAGAGAUUCAUUUGCUGGAAAUAGUGUUACACUUUUAGGAUGGGGAACACAAUCAUUAGCUGGUGCAGCAUCAAAUGUUUUACUCUAUACAAAUGUCAAUGUUAUGACAAAAAAAUAUUGCAACACAAAAUAUCCAAAUAAAAAUAUCGAUGACACACAAUUAUGUACUUAUGCUCAAAACAGAGAUUCUUGUCAGAUGGACAGUGGUGGGCCAGUAUUGUGGGAAAAUCCAAUGACAAAGAAAGUUGUACUUGUUGGAAUAAUUAGCAACGGUGCUGAUUGUGGAGGAUCGAAACCAGGUAUAAAUACUCGUGUAGGAUCAUUCAUAGAUUUCAUCAAGUCUAACAAUCCUCAAGGAUAUAAGUAUUGUGAAUCUGAAUGAAUUUACAUUUCUUUUCGUGACAACAAUAUCGCGGAACAUAAAUAUUCAACACGUUUAUAUUUCUUUUUAUUAUACUCUUUUUGUCAAAAAAAAAAAAAUAAAUAAAUAUGAUAAAUAAUAUUUGUUUUUUUCUGUAUUCACUUAAUCUUUCGUAUAAAAGCAUUCAUCCGUUUAACAAAAUAACGAAUACAAGUUUAUGUCCAAUGAAAUUAUGUUUGUUUACAUGCAAAUAAUCAGUGAAUGCAACUGUUGCCAUAAAAAAAAACUAAUAAAAAAAAACUAGAAUAUCAUUCAUAAAAUUAUCAAUAAGAAUAAAUCAAUAAUAAUUAAUUACU